AUGAUACUCAAUGUCAUCUACGAGAUGUUUUCAAAUCUUGGUAUAUACACACAAGAGGCGAAGGUAAUGUUCAGGGAACUCGUCGUGUUUGCGAGCGUUGUGGCGCUUGCAUUGGCCAGUGACGUGUUGGAAUUUAAGGAUUCAGAUUUCGAAGAGAAAGUCAAAGGACACGAAGUACUCCUAGUGGAAUUCUUUGCACCAUGG